GGAGAACAGAAGGAGAAAGGAAAGGCCGGGCUAAGGGAAGGGGCUUGGGGACUGCCUGUGGAGGGUGGCUGGGGGACCCUCCUUCCUUCUCCAGCUCCUUCAGUGCCACCCUCAGCAGCUUCCAAGAACAGAAGGAGUUAACGCUGGGCUUAACUUCUUGAAGGAACCUGAAGUUUUUUAAUCCUUGUUCUUUCCUCCCUCCCUCUCCCUCUCCCUUCCUGAUCUUUACUCCGCCUGUGGGUCCCUCCUCCUUACUCUCACCUCCUUGACUCCAAAAACACUCUGAUUGCCAGAGUGGGUCAAUGGUUAACGCUCAGCUGGCUUUAUAUAAGCCUGCCCGGGCCACCUUCCUGCUGGGCUGCGUCUUUGGUCCUUCUGUUCCCCAGCUCCUGGAGGCAGUGGCCGUGGCAGCCCUCACUGGUCCAUACCAUGGCCACCUGCUGGCAGGCCCUGUGGGCCUAUCGUUCCUACCUGAUCGUGUUCUUCCUGCCCAUUCUCCUGCUGCCUCUGCCCAUCCUCGUCCCCAGUAAGGAGGCCUACUGUGCAUAUGCCAUCAUUCUCAUGGCGCUCUUCUGGUGCACCGAAGCCCUGCCCCUGGCUGUCACCGCCCUCUUCCCCAUCAUCCUGUUCCCUAUGAUGGGCAUCAUGGAUGCCUCUGAGGUUUCCAUGGAGUAUCUUAAGGACUCCAACAUCCUGUUCGUCGGGGGGCUGCUGGUGGCCAUCACAGUGGAACACUGGAACCUGCACAAACGCAUCGCCCUCCGGGUCCUCCUCAUCGUUGGGGUGCGGCCUGCCCUGCUAAUGCUGGGCUUCAUGCUGGUCACGGCCUUCCUGUCCAUGUGGAUCAGCAACACGGCCACCUCGGCCAUGAUGGUGCCCAUCGCACAUGCCGUCCUGGACCAGCUGCACAGCUCACAAGCCAGCAGUAACCUUGAGGAGGGCAGCAACAACCCGACCUUCGAGCUCCAGGAACCAAGUCCCCAGAAGGAGGAAACCAAACCUGAUAAUGGGCAGGCCCUCCCUGUCACAUCUGCUCCUUCGGAGGGGAGGGUACAUCUCAGCCAGGAGCAUCUCCGCCUCACCCAGUGCAUGAGCCUGUGUGUGUGCUACUCCGCCAGCAUCGGGGGCAUCGCCACGCUGACCGGCACCGCACCCAACCUGGUGCUGCAAGGCCAGAUCAACUCGCUCUUCCCCCAAAACGGCAACGUGGUGAACUUCGCCUCCUGGUUCAGCUUCGCCUUCCCCACCAUGGUCAUCUUGCUGCUGCUGGCCUGGCUGUGGCUACAGAUCCUCUUCCUGGGCUUCAACUUCCGGAAGAACUUUGGCACUGGGGAGAAAAUGCAGGAGCAACAGCAAGCAGCCUAUGGCAUCAUCCAGACCGAGCACAGGCUGCUGGGCCCCAUGACCUUUGCAGAAAAGGCCAUCAGUGUCCUGUUCGUCAUUCUGGUGCUGCUCUGGUUCACCCGGGAGCCGGGGUUUUUUCUUGGCUGGGGCAACCUCGCUUUUCCCAAUGCCACGGGGGAGAGCAUGGUGUCCGAUGGGACAGUGGCCAUCUUUAUCGGUGUAAUUAUGUUCAUCAUACCCUCCAAGUUCCCAGGGCUGACCCAGGACCCAGAAAACCCAGGGAAGCUGAAGGCCCCUCUUGGCCUCCUCGAUUGGAAGACAGCGAACCAGAAGAUGCCGUGGAAUAUCGUGUUAUUGCUGGGUGGUGGCUAUGCCCUGGCCAAGGGCAGUGAGCGAUCGGGCCUGUCAGAGUGGCUGGGAAACAAGCUGACCCCACUGCAGAGUGUGCCAACUCCAGCCAUUGGGGUCAUCCUCUCCCUCCUGGUGGCCACCUUCACUGAGUGCACUAGCAACGUGGCCACUACUACGAUCUUCCUGCCCAUCCUAGCCUCCAUGGAUGGGGACCAAGGUCAGCUCUGCCCCACUGCCUCCCACUCCAGGCCCAGGCCAUCUGCCUCCACCCUCUCUACGUCAUGCUCCCCUGCACUCUGGCCUCCUCCCUGGCCUUCAUGCUGCCUGUGGCCACCCCACCCAAUGCCAUCGUCUUCUCUUUCGGGGGAAUCAAAGUGUUGGAUAUGGCCCGGGCGGGAUUCCUGCUCAACAUCAUUGGAGUCCUGGUCAUCACACUGGCCAUCAACAGCUGGAGCAUCACCAUCUUCAGCCUGCACUCCUUCCCCUCCUGGGCUCAUUCCAACACCACAGCCCAGUGCCUGCCCAGGCCGGCCAACACCACCAUGCCAAGCCCCUAGGCUGGGGCGCAGCCCAUCGGCCAUGCCCAGGAAGACCUACCCCGUUCCCACUCCUCUGAGCCAGGAGGGGACACCCCAAGCUCCCAGCUCCAGGCCAAUGGCCUUUCUCUUGUGUGUCUGUAAGGAAGGUGUGUAUGCUCAAUUUCCUAUGUGCCAGAAGAAAAGGUGUGUGCAUGCGCGCGUGUGUGUGUGUGUGUGUGCGCGCGCGUAUGGGUGCGCCUGCAUGGAUGGGAGGGGUGUGUGAUGUGAGGCUAUCUGAGGGGGGGCUGUGUGCAAUGCACAUGAUCCUAGGUGUGUAUGCUGGAUAAUGCACAUGUGUGUGUUCACAGACAAUACAACGUGUCCUCUCUGGUGCCCCAGGUCUUGGUCUCCCCAGUUUAGUGACCAGACUUAUUUGCACUGUAUUUAUUGGAACUCAGGCUUGGAGUGGCCUGGGAGGAGGGCCUGCCAGCAGCUGCCAUGGGAACAGCCUCUGGGACUGGCCCAACAUACUGAGGGCUCCCCAGCCUUCCGGUGUUUUGGUGGAGGUUCAAAUAUUAACCACAUUAAAGUAUUUUUCAAUAAA